UUUUUUUUUUUCUAGAAUUCAUUAUUGUACACGAUACAAUAAAAUACCUUCUUCUUUUCUUCUUGUUUCAUUUUAUAUUUUAUUCAAGACCUUGUCGUUCCUUUCUCCUUCCCCCCCUUUUUUUUUUCUUUUCUUGCCCACUUAAUUUAUAUACAUAUAAAGAGCACAGCUAUAUCAAGGGAUGGUGACGCUUAAAAAGAUAAAUACUAGAAUCAACCAAUCAAAAUGGACAAAGCUAUAUAUUCUUGUUGCUUGCUUACAAGGUAUCACCAUCAUUGCCUUACAGACAACGAUUGCUUAUUAUAAUACAGCUCAAGUUAAUAAAGGACUUGAGUCCGACGCAAUAUUAACAUAUGACCUUAAUGAAGAUGAACAAGCAUCAAUCACAGAUGCUAUUGAACGGCUCAAGCGGAUCAAAUGGGAAAACAUUGCUUUUGUUGGAUUCCAAUUGUGGUUUGUGUGCAUGUCUUUUGAUGCCACAGUGUAUCAAAAUGCAGCAGAAGUAAUCACUUUAGCUAUUAUGAAUUUUGCUUGUGCAAUAUUAGGUGCACUUGAAGUAAUAGAUGGGAAAAGAUGGCUCUCGAUUUUAACAGAUAUAAAAUUAAAGUACAAGAUCCCAAUCAUUGUAGUACCUAUUCAAACAGCAUAUUAUGUAGAGAUUGCACUAUCCAUUUGUGUAGGUGUAUAUGCUAUUAUCUUUGCCUACGUUUCUUAUGCUGUUGUUCGAGAAUUUGGUUGGAUAAUCUAUAAAAAGAUUGGUGCUGAUAUUUCUAUACAACGCAUGUAUCGAAUUUUACAAUUUUUUGUAUUAGCAUUAAAGAUAGAUAUUUUCAUUGAAUUUCUUGUGUCCGUCUUUUAUUUAAUUCAAUUUGCUUUGAAGAGUGGAUUCAAUUCUUGGACUACAAUUGUGUUUAUUGUCAUUACAUUACUUAUCUUGCCUAUGCUUUACUUUGGUCGAGUUGCUGUUGCAAGCGAAAGUCUUUUACAAAUGACUGUGUUUAUUCUAUUUCAAUUGUGUGUCGGCUUUCAGUUAAUUUUGAUUGCUGUAGAAGCAACAGAUAGUGAAGAUUAUUGGUAUAUAUGGAUUUGUUUUGUUAUACUUGGUUUGAUAAUUGCUGCUGCAACUGUGGUUUUGGCCUUGCUAUGUAUCAUUAAUUUUAACAAAGGAUUGAAACCUUAUAUUCAAAGAGGCAUUGAAAAGAAAGAAACCCUACAUCAGCAAAAUCCAAAAAAUUCAGGCGAAGGAUGGAUUAUUGAUGAAGAUUAGUAAUAAUAAUAAAAGCAUAUUCUGUUUAUUUAUUAUUAUUAUUAUUCUUAUUAUUGCUAUUGAUUUUUUUUUUUUUUUUUUUU